UUAUCCCUCGUCUUCUUUCUCUCUACAAAACCCUGUAAACCCUAAUCUAGAGAGAGAAAGUAAAUCUCCUUCCUCAUUUCUAUUCAAAAAUGGCUUUGCUCGUCGAGAAGACAACCAGUGGCCGCGAAUACAAGGUCAAGGACAUGUCUCAGGCCGACUUCGGUCGUCUUGAGCUUGAACUUGCCGAGGUCGAAAUGCCCGGUUUGAUGGCAUGCCGAACCGAAUUCGGCCCAUCUCAGCCUUUCAAAGGAGCCAAGAUUACCGGCUCGCUCCACAUGACUAUCCAAACCGCUGUUCUUAUUGAAACCCUAACCGCCUUGGGCGCUGAGGUUCGUUGGUGUUCAUGCAACAUCUUCAGUACCCAAGAUCAUGCUGCUGCUGCUAUUGCCCGUGACUCGGCGGCCGUGUUUGCGUGGAAGGGGGAGACUCUUCAGGAGUACUGGUGGUGUACUGAGCGUGCUCUUGACUGGGGUCCCGGUGGCGGCCCAGAUCUGAUCGUUGAUGAUGGUGGUGACGCUACUCUUUUGAUCCAUGAAGGUGUUAAGGCUGAGGAGCUUUUUGAGAAGACGGGUGAGGUUCCUGACCCGACUUCGACUGAUAACACUGAGUUUCAGCUUGUUUUGACUAUUAUUAGAGAUGGGUUGAAGACGGAUCCUAAGAGGUACCGUAAAAUGAAGGAGAGAUUGGUGGGUGUUAGUGAGGAGACUACUACCGGUGUUAAGAGAUUGUAUCAGAUGCAAGCUAACGGAACUUUGUUGUUCCCUGCCAUUAACGUUAACGACUCCGUUACUAAGAGCAAGUUCGACAACUUGUAUGGAUGCCGUCACUCGCUCCCCGACGGUUUGAUGAGGGCUACUGAUGUUAUGAUUGCCGGAAAGGUCUCUGUUGUCUGUGGUUAUGGUGAUGUUGGCAAGGGUUGUGCCGCUGCCUUGAAGCAAGGUGGAUCUCGUGUGAUUGUUACAGAGAUUGAUCCCAUCUGUGCCCUUCAGGCUCUUAUGGAAGGCUUCCAAGUCUUGCCCCUUGAGGAUGUUGUGUCUGAAGCCGAUAUCUUUGUUACCACCACCGGUAACAAGGACAUCAUCAUGGUUGGUGACAUGAGGAAGAUGAAGAACAAUGCUAUUGUUUGCAACAUUGGUCACUUUGACAAUGAGAUCGAUAUGCACGGACUUGAGACCUUCCCUGGUGUGAAGAGAAUCACCAUCAAACCCCAAACCGAUAGGUGGGUGUUCCCCGAUACCAAGUCUGGUGUUAUUAUUUUGGCCGAGGGGCGACUCAUGAACUUGGGAUGUGCCACUGGCCACCCAAGUUUCGUUAUGUCUUGCUCUUUCACCAACCAGGUUAUUGCCCAGCUUGAAUUAUGGAAUGAGAAGGAUACCGGCAAAUACGAGAAGAAGGUGUAUGUGUUGCCCAAGCACCUCGAUGAGAAGGUUGCUGCUCUUCACCUCGGAAAGCUUGGAGCCAAGCUUACCAAGCUCUCCAAGGACCAGGCUGACUACAUCAGCGUACCCGUUGAGGGUCCAUACAAGCCUGCUCACUACAGGUAUUGAUGGGGGAAGAGCGGAAGUUCGAGAAAAGGAUGCGCAUGUUUGGGCGGCGGCUUGAUUGUUUUGUUUUUACAUUUUGAUGAUGAAUUGUGGUAGAAUGGUAGGAUUUAAUUUUGGUAGGAUUUUGUGAUUUGGAGGGGAGGAGUUGGGUUGAAUGAAUUGAGAGGGUCUCUGUUGAUGGAAGACCAGAAUGGGGAAGAAUAAGGUUUUGGAAUGGGGUUGUGUGGGAUGUACUAUUGCUGCUGCCAUUUGGGUUCUGGUGCAGCUUUUUUUUAUUAAUUAUUUACCCAAAAAAAUAUUACUUAUCAUUUGUUUUUGUCA